ACUAGGGGCUAGUAUGCCGGAUCAACCGGAUUGGCUAGGUAUGCGGCGUGUAUGCGGCAAAGCUUUGUUCUUGUGUGUUUAUCAAAUUAUUCAAUGUCGUGCUUGAAUAACAGCUACAGCAUCCUUAUGCCGCAGUUAGUAUUGUGUGUUAGCUCCUCGUGGUGGUGAUAAUUGUUAAUAGAUUAAAAAUACAUAUUGCAUUUAUUAAUGUUCAUUCUUUUAUAUUGGAUGAUAAUAAGUUUUCGGACGUGUGACAAAAAUAUAACGAGUUACAAAUUCGCAAGCAAAAAAUUAACAUACAUGAGUGAUGAAUAAAAGAGGAUUAAAAUUGUGUUUUACUAACUGAGGAUUAAAACUGUUUAAGUUAAGAUUUAAAAAAAUAUUAAAGCUAGGCAGACAAAACAAAAUGACUGUGACAUAUACUGGUGAAGUUGCAACUUGUCGUGGAUUUGGGACCUUUUUGAAACUUUUAUAUAGAUGGAGAGGAAGCAUUUACAAGUUGGUGUGGCUGGAUCUCCUAUGUUUUCUACUUUUUUACUACAUUUUAAAUUUGACUUAUCGCUUGCUACUCGAUGAGCAUUCCAAAAGGUUAUUCGAAGGCGUGGUGAACUACUGCAGCUACCACGGCAAUGUGAUACCGUUGUCGUUCGUGUUGGGUUUCUACGUCACGGUGGUCAUGAACCGCUGGUGGAACCAGUACACUUCCAUACCGUGGCCUGAUUCCAUCGCCGUGUUCGUCUCCGCCACCGUCCAUGGACAGGACGAGCGCGGGCGGCUGAUGCGCCGCACGAUCGUGCGUUACGUGUGCCUCUGCCUCACCAUGGUGCUUAGCAUGAUCUCACCUCGCGUCAAGAAACGGUUUCCCACGCUCGACAACUUCGUUGAGGCCGGCCUGCUCCUCGACAAUGAGAAGAUCAUCAUGGAAAACCUUAACCACAAGUUUCCUAAGCCUUCGAAACAUUGGAUGCCCAUAGUGUGGGCCGCCAGCAUAGUGACGAGAGCUCGGAAAGAGGGCCGAGUACGGGAUGACUUCGCCGUCAAGACUAUUGUAGACGAACUCAACAAGUUCAGAGGACAGGCUGGAUUAUUGCUCAGCUACGACACUAUUAGUGUACCUCUUGUAUAUACUCAGGUAGUUACCAUUGCCGUAUACUCAUACUUUAUUACAUCUGCCUUGGGCAGUCAGUGGGUCGACAACAAAAUACACGUUUCUGGCGACGAUCGCAUUGUUAAUAUAGACCUUUAUUUUCCUAUAUUCAGUACGCUAGAGUUCUUCUUUUAUAUGGGCUGGCUAAAAGUGGCCGAGUCUCUGAUAAACCCCUUCGGCGAAGACGACGAUGACUUCGAAGUUAACUGGUUAAUAGACAGAGAUUUGCAGGUGUCAUACAUGAUUGUGGACGAAAUGCACCACGAGCACCCGGAGCUGAUCAAGGACCAGUACUGGGACGAGGUGUUCCCGUCCGAGCUGCCGUACACGCUGGCCACGGAGAACGCGCGCGAGGAGCAUCCCGAGCCGUCCACGGCGCGUGUGGCCGUGCCGCCGCGCCAGCGCAGUAUGGUCACCAUCGCACCCUCCGCCGUCAAGAUGGACGAGAUGGUUCCCUCGCACACCGUGAGUUACAAGUUCGCCCCGCCCGAGCAACUUCAAAUGAACGACGAUGCCCAAUCGGGUAUCCACUUCAUUGUCGGGACUCGGGGUAGCAAGCGCGGGAAGAAAGAGGACAGGAACUCGAUGGGGCUGGGCUCCACCAACUCCAUGGCGUCGCUACAGCAGACUCCCAUAACGCGGACCAACUCGGUCACCUCCAUGCUGAAGCGCCUCUUCUCGAAGGAGGACCAGCGACAGACACCCAUACCCAACCUAGUGCAGACCGACGGAGUGGGACGAUUCACGAUAUCAGCCAGCAACCCCACGCUGAACAAGCCGGCGCCGGGCGGCGGCAGCAUGAAGAUCGCCAACGAGGUCAUCGAGGAGGUGGACGAACAGGCCACCAUCACCAGCAUGGCUAAACGACCAGAAAACAGGCCGACAGCGCAGAGCCUGUUCGCACAGGGGCCGCCGCCCCCCAGCGAGCCGGUUAACGUCCCCUCCAGGAACUCCUACGUUAAAAACAACAGCCAGCUAUCGUCGUCGGCGCCGACGCAGUGGGUGGCGCCGGAGAGCCCGGCCGCCACGCUGUCCACGCAGCCCUCCUUCGUCAGCGAGCCCGAGCCGCGCCCGCGCCUCGACAGCGACGUGGGACCCUCGCUCAGCGCGGCCGGCAGCCAGACCUUGCUGGACGAGACGGACGGCGACGCCGACCUGAGCGACUCGUUCGACCGGCUGCGCGCGGCGCGCGAGGCGGCGCGGCGCGCCAAGCAGCUGCAGAAGUUGCUCGCGCGCUCCGUCAGCGCGCAGCAGCCAGCUGGUAGUAUAGAAAUACUAGACAACGAAAUUUUACUCGUCGAACUGUUGGAUGCACAAGCAGCUCUAAACAGCCAGCAAGAACACAGAGACUCCAAAGAGGAAACUACCUGACUAAGCAAAAGUUCUAUUUUCCAGUGGGAUUGAUUUUUAUCUUCGCACAAUUUCAGUAUUAUUAUUGUGAUACUUUUAAUUACGGACGAUUUGUAUUAUUUGGAAUCAUGUCAAUCGGAUUGAUGUAAAUAUUGUAUUAAGAGAAACUUUUGUUACGCUUUUAAAAUGAAUACUUAGUUUUAAAAGAAUAAAACGCUUGAGAAGAUACUUUGCUACCAGCCAGCGCACCACAUAAGAGCUGAAUUUUUGAUUUAUCCAUACCUACAAAGAUAAGAUAAUUUAUUUAGCAUUAAAAUAGACAAUAAUUAUCUGAAUUUAUUUCGUGGCCAUAGUUAGAGAUCCCGGUGCUGAAUUUGUGAAUUGUCACCCCGUGUUUGAUGCGCCUAAAGCGAGGAUAUGUUAUUACAGUUGCACCAAUCACAAUUGACGGACUGAUCAACGCCACUCCGCACUGAACUGUGGAAUUUCCCAUACAAUACAAUUUUGCGACCGUUUAGUGCAACCGACGCUUAUACCGCGUGUAUUUUUGGUACAACCGCAUUAUGAAAGGGUAGUUAGUUUAGGCUUUAAGGAGGUCCUAUGACCUUCGAUCUGAAUUCCUUAGUUUUCUAAUGUUUUUUGUAUCUUAUCAUAUUAACAGCAACGGCUGUAAGCAAUUGUGUCACAUAUUCACUUAAAAGUUCACUGUCUUCGAGAUAUUUGGCAUCAAAGUUGAACAAUUUUAGGCCAAAAAACUGGUUUACUGGCCAUAACUUUUGUGUUAAAUAAAAUCUAAAUAAAAAUUAAAAUCGACGUUGAAGACGAACCCAAAUGUGUAGAUUUCGUACAUGUAAAAUCUUUAACAGCAAUUUUUUAGACAAUGUUUAAAAAAAUAUAUAAAAAAUAAGUGUUUAUUUAUUUCAAAAUCCGGCAGACCAGAAUGGAGGAAAAUAUUAAAGAACCGAUAGCCGUUUGUCUUAUAAUUCUAUCUAUAGUGCAAAUGUCAUGUAUAGUAUAGUGUUUGUCGUUCUCGACACGUGGCAAACCAAGAACAAGCGGACAUCUCGCUCGUUUUUGCCCAGAACGUGCAAGUUGUUGAAUGAGCUACCUCCUGAGGUGUUUCCCUUGCGCUACGACAUGGGGUUCUUCAAGAAGCAGGUAUUUAGGGUUCUCAAAGGUUGGCAACGCAUAAGUGGCUCCUCCGAUGUUGCCUAUAUCCAUGGGCGGCGAUGACUGCUUCCCAUCAGGCGGCUCGUCUGCUCGAUUGCGGCCUAUUACAUAAAAUAAAAAAAUGUAGGAGUAACGACUCAAAACUAGUCCAAAUCGAUGUAAACCGCGGGGAGCCCCUUAACACUUUUUCAUAGGGUUCAAAAAUGGACGACUUUUAUUUUUCCACAUAAUAUAUUCAGCAAGCAAUGGAGAUCACAACUUUGUUUUAACUCAUGUUUUAGCAUGUCACAAGUAGUCAUGAAUGUCAUGAUGUACGAAAUACAUUGCCAUUCGAAAAAAAUUCAAAUUAAUUAUGCUCUGUUCUCUUCUUCUGGUGCUAUGCCCAGUCUAAUGGACGUCGGCGGUCAGCAUGGCAUUCAGCUCUCUGGUCUUUGCCAAUCUCUUGAGGGUGGUUGCGUCUUUUGUAUGCGUCCAGUCUUUAAUGUUAUCUAUCCAUUUAUUUCUAGGUCUACCUCUCCCUCUUUUUCCCUCAUGCUCUGUUAGUUACGACUAAAAAAACGAAAAAGUUACAGCAUUGUUUUAUAGCACUACCUACGUCUAGUUUGUUUGCGGUUUUAUCAAAAAUACAUACUGUAUAACGCCAAGACGAUCUGUUAUGUUAUAAAUAAGAAACUAAGAUGAUUACGUCAUAAUGAAUCCAUAUUUGAAUGAGUUUGUUGAUUUUAAAAUAAGUGUAAGUGCAGAAAUAUGUUUCAUCAUGUUUUGUGUAUAUCUGUAAAUUCAAAUUCAUUGAUAACUUUGAAUCAAUUUAUUUUAUCCAUAGGGAACGAACCUACCGAAUUGAUAAUACAAUGAUUAUUUUAUAUUUGCGGCUUCAAAUAGGUACUAGUUAAUCAAUGUUAGUUACUACAUAGGUUGGGUAGAUCAACUUUUUCUUGUAUAUCCUCGUGCCGUCCAAUCCAAUGUACACUUGCGGCCGAGCUGUAGACCUCGCGAUAAGCUUAUAAAAUGUGAAAAUUAAAAAUACUUCAUUGAGGCAUUAUCACAGCUCACUAGGUACCUAUGGUCUUAAGUGCCAUAUACUCUACUGGCGUUUAAGCCUUUUUGAAAUUUCCACCAUUUGGAUUUUUUUUUAAUGAAACGACAGAACACUUUUAUUUAACUAUAGGUAACCGGUUGAGAAAUGCGACUUGCAGAGGAGAACAUCCGGACAUACGAAAGCAUUUUUGCCCAAGCUGAAACGGAGCCAUUUGCUAACGCUCGGUCAAUUAGUAUGUACAUGUUGAUGGAACGUGAACAAAGUAGUAUUUCAUUUGUCUCGUAAAAUUUUCGAACAAAUGAAAUUCAACCCAAUUAAACAUGCAAUUUGAUAGGUACAACUAGAUUCAAACUCCCUUAAGCCCCCCCCCCCCCCCCCUCAAACUCCCUUAAGCCCCCCCCUCAAACGAUUUGUUAGACCUGUACCCCAAAAGCAUAAAAUUGUUGUAGUAAUUCACCGAAUCGCAUUUCACCUCGAUCUCUUAUUUAAUUUUCGCAUUGUGUCUCAAUAGUUUUUUUUUCUAGUGGCUAUAAGUUUUAGUCGCAUUUCACCUCGACCGUACAUUUAAACAUCGCGUUGUGACUCAAUCGUUUAUUACUUUAGUCGCAUUUCACCUCGAUAUUGUAUUGGCGACCUGAUUCAACGCAACGUCAACGUCACAUAGAUAAAAUUUUAAUGAGUUUGAUAGCACUUGAGGCUUAAUCCUACAAGUACAAAACGUGUUUAAAAAAAAACACUUAAUUUUAGUGCAAGCAUCAAAUUAACGUAUCAAGUUAAAUAGAGUCCCAAACAAACGUCGAUCGCGGCGAAAUGCCUCUUCGGUAACAUACUACACGAAAAAUUAAAUACUACAAAUUAAUUAUACUAAUGUCAAAGGCUACGGGAAAAAGUGCGUCAAGUAAAAAAAUCCAGUGAUAUCUUUUUCAUUCAAGGUGAAAUGCGAUUCGGUGAAUUACUACAACAAUUUUAUGCUUUUGGGGUACAGGUCUAACAAAUCCCUCAAACUCCCUUAAGCCCCCCCCCUCCAUUCACAUUCCGGCAUUGCAGUCCAUCACCGCGAAACCCGAACGAAAUUUCGCUAUCUACGCCACUCUAGGCAGAUAAAACAAUUACAAUGUAAUAGCUACUUUGGUGAAUCUUGAUCACAUAGACAGCGGUUUCCUUUGUAUAUUUCAAUAAAAUCUGCUAAUGGGCCAAUUACAUCCACUCUUCCCGAUAUCGGGCCUGAUAAUAGUUUUCCGUUUCACGGAAUAUCAGCCCACACUUAACAAUAUUUCAAAUGCAAAAAAUACUUUGUCCCUAAUAAUAAUAACCAUUUUUUACAUUUCAAAUAUUGUUAACCAUGUGCUGAUAUUUAGUGAAAGGGAAAAAUACUCUGCUGGGGCCCGACGUCGGGCCUGAUACACUGUGGAUGUAAUUGGCACUUAAGUCCGUGUUUUUCAUUCUAAACAAAGUGGCGAACUGCAUCAACAUUCACGGUCCUAAUCGCCACAUGGCAGUCCUGCUACGCAGCCAAGCCACUGACAAGACAAUCCUGCGCGGUAGGCGGGGCUUGCAGGCUUUGCAGGACCCAAGAGGCAUCCUGCUUAAGUGCUUAGGUGAUGUCGGACGCCAUGCAGUCCUCGUACUGGCAUGCUUAGUAGAUGGCCGAGUGAACUGUAGAGGGCUUAUGUUAACUACAAAAAUACAUUUAAUUACCAUAAAACCAGUUUUAUUUGUAACCCAGACGAACGUACCAAGGCAAAAGGGACAAGAAAAAGUUGAUACAUCCGUUUAUUAAGUUUUAUCACAUUUGUUGCCACUUUUUAUAUUUUUACUAAUGAAGACAAAUCAUAUUUUGACUAGUUGGCCUGAAUUUUUUACAAGUCAAUCUGAAUGAAAUAAAGAAAAUGGCAGGUUUUCCGAUUUAUUUUAUUAACGUACCUACCUGUUUGGGUUACCAAUAAACUAUCAACUCGCUUA